CCUAGUACUAUAACUCUGAGCUGUGAGCGGACAUACGUACAGCGCAGGACCGCGUUAAGGCACGUAUUGCGAUGCUAAAGGUCCGGUGUACGCGUUGAGGUAUGGUUACUCCACUUCACAUUAAAUUUUACGUGCUGCAGGUUGCGAGCUUUAAGGAUAAGCUUUUGGGGGCGGCCCAGCAACAUGGGCCCGCUUGUCGCAUGGGACUGGGGGCCUUUCCCUCUAUGAGAGCCGGCCCGGCCCCUUUCUCCCCCUCCUUUUCGCAUUUUGCCAGACGGUACUGUCGGUUAAAUCGAUCCCGCGAAGAUGCGUGUGGUCUCCGCUUACCUGCUGGCCGUUCUGGGGGGCAAGGCCAACCCCACCGCUGAUGACGUCAACAAGAUUCUGAGCUCUGUUGGUGUUGAGGCUGAGGCCGAGAAGGUGAACAAGCUCAUCUCCGAGCUGGAGGGCAAGAACCUGGCUGAGGUGAUUGCCGCCGGCCGCUCCAAGCUGGCCUCCGUCCCCUCGGGCGGUGCCGUGGCCGCCGCUCCCUCGGGUGGCGCUGCCCCCGCCGCUGGCGGUGCUGCUGCUCCCAAGAAGGAGGAGAAGAAGGAGCCCUCUGAGGAGGAGGACAUGGGCUUCUCCCUGUUCGACUAAACGGACGGCGUGCGGGCCUCCAGCUGGAACUUGUAGCCUUCUGCGGGUGUAAUUUCUGGCCUAC